AUGCAGAACAAACCCAGGCUGAUCAUUUCUGUGUUAUGUGUGUGCAUUUUAUUACUGCAUGCCCAGGAGCUGCAGGAUGGCACUAGGAAAAUUGAAGAUGUGGAUUCUAACUCAGACUGGUGCCUUUAUCCUCGUUGCAUGGCUGGCAACGUUUCCCCUAUAAGGAGAAGCACAGAGAUUGUUUAUACGGAGUCUGCCACUGGAAGGACUUCAAAUAAGCUACUGUGUAAAUGCAGGAUAACUGUGCCACAUGGGCUGUCCGACAGUCCUGCUGAGACUGAAUUUGUGUUGAGUGCAGAACUUCAACAAACUGACACAAAUGCACCCAAAAUGCAAACUGGGGCUAUUCGCCAAACCAGGUCUUUCAGUGACACACCUGAGCAGGUGAGGCUUGGACAUGAGGAUGAACCCAUCUCUAGGGGCGCUAGAAGCAAAAGAGGCACAAAGGAAAAUUCUAGGACUAAAAAUAAAGAAGACCCAAGCGAUGAUGACAAUAGAUUAUUGAUGGAUUUAAAUUACACUUUGCAAAACCAGAACGCGGUCAAGGAGACAGAGCCCCAUUCUCUGGCCUUGAACGGUUCAGUCAAUAUUGCCACCAAUGAUGUGAAAGUGUUUUCCGAUAAUAUGGAAAUUAAUCAAGCUUUGGUACCAAAAAAUACCUCAAACAAGCGACCGCACAUAAAAAACCCUUUUUAUCCAAUAACGGACGAUUCUUACGGUGCCUACGCAGUCAUGUGUCUGUCCAUUAUUAUAUUUGUUAUUGGGAUUAUGGGUAACAUGGCCGUUAUGUGUAUAGUCUGCCAUAAUUAUUACAUGAGAAGCAUAUCAAACUCACUGCUGGCAAACCUGGCCUUCUGGGACUUUCUCAUCAUUUUCUUCUGCUUGCCUCUGGUGAUAUUUCACGAACUUACCAAGAAGUGGCUACUGGAAGAUUUCUCUUGCAAAAUUGUACCAUACAUUGAGGUAAUAUUUCGAACUAUAUAGAAUUGUAAAUUACUUGGGUAGACCUCUAAACUGGCAUAUAAAAUACUGCCUCUCUUCCUCUCCAUUUUUACCCCAUCCUCUAUCUUUCUUGCUAUCUCUCCCUUCUUUUUCUGUUCGUCCUCUCUUCUCUGUCUCUUUGUUUGUGUUCUCUCUCUCUAUGUCUGCCCGCUCUUUUUUCUCACUGUCCCUGUCUCUUUUUCUGCUCUGCCUUUCUGUCGUCUCUCUUUUUGUCUUCUAUCCAUCUGUCCACCCAUUCAUCCCCCUCUUAUUUUCCUCCCUUCUCUCCUUCCCUCUCUCCUUCUCUAUCUCAACUCCCCUUCCUCCUCUACCUUUUUCUGUAUCUCUUAUUGUAACCAAUCUCAUAUUCAUAUAACAAUAUUAAAAUCCUGCACUGCCAUCUGUCUUCUUAUCUACUGUACCCGCAUCCACCAACGCUCCCCCAAUAUUAAUAACAAUAGCAAAGAGCUCAAGUUUUGGUGCAGUCACCAGAAUACAAUCCCCUCUCCAUCCCUGAAGCUGACUGUCUGCUUUGAGUCACCAUGCAUAUUUGUUCCUUAUUUAAAAGUGACCCAGCCUUAAAUCAGUGCCAGGCUGUUGGCACUUGUUUUUGUACCUUUGCCAAGCAAGCUUGCAGCUAGUUGGCAAAAAUCCACCGCCUUUCACAUUGUGCAUGAUCAAGUAAAAUGGUGCAGCAACAGAUUUUAUUCUAAUCAUUUUAAUGGGAGCCAGCAUCCAACAAAUAUUGGUGCCCACUUUUCGUAGAGCGUGCACAACCAGUUAAUGUUCCAAACAGUUUCUGAAUCAUAACAGGAUCGAGCAUAUCUGGCACUAAAUACAAAUGCAUUUUUUCAAAAUUGGUCACAGGCUGUAACACGUUAAUUCUGAUUUUCUGCUGCAUACGUCUUGCUUUUUAUACUAAAUUAUGAGUCAAAUCUUUUGACAUAUCUGCUGCUUCAUUAUUCUAAUGCAGUCGUUAUCAGGGAAUUUCAAAAGAUGAAUUAGAUUUACACUUAAUUACUCUGCAUUGUUUUAAAUGCUAUCUGAGUUAGCCAUUACUAGUAAAGAAUAUUUAUGGCAUAUUGAGUUUAACAUUUUGAACCUUAAAAAGACAUGAUAAAGCUUCCUGUUCCCAGAUAUUUGCUGAGCAAUAAGUGAAAAGUGAUUGUAUUUUACUCUUCAACAGGUAAAAAUGAAGACAACAUUAACUGUUUAACAUAUUCGUGUUUAGUUUUGUAUAAAGGUCCCCAUGAUAUGACAGAGUACACAGAAUGAUUUGGAUGGUGACAUUAUUUUUUAUUCUAGAAUUUUGAAGCUACGGUUGAAAAUUUAUUUAGAGAUUUCACAUAGAUGGACUAGAAUUGUUUGUUAUUUACCUCUCACGAGCACAUAACAACUUAAUGUAUCUUACUUUACCCUUUGUUGUUAGUAAACAUUUUAUUAUAUGUUUGUUCUGAUUUGUGAAUGUUCAAGUAAUUCAGUGAAGAAAAUUAGAUAUUCAUUUACCAUAUGAAACAGACGAAAAAGAUAAUCUGGCCACGCCUAUUUGCACCAGCAACAAAUGGACAAAAAAGUUAAAUAAAAAAACUGUCAUAUGUAGUUCUCUGAAUAACAAGCCUUGAGUCAGAGUAUAUCAUAAAGUAUGUUUAAAGUACCUACCUGUAUGAGCUAAUGUAAGUCUAUAAUGCAGCUCCAAUCAUCCUAUUUGGUGACUGGAACUGCAACUCAGGGGUGAGCUGGUAUUCCCGAGAACCACUGUAGUUAAAGGACCACUCUAGGCACCCAGACCACUUCAGCUUAAUGAAGUGGUCUGGGUGCCAGGUCCCUCUAGCAUUAACCCUUUUUUUUUAUAAACAUAGCAGUUUCAGAGAAACUGCUAUGUUUAUAAAUGGGUUAAUCCAGCCUCUAAAGCCUCUAGUGGCUGUCUCAUUGACAGCCGCUAGAGGCGUUUGCGUGCUUCUCACUGUGAAAAUCACAGCGAGAACACACAAGCGUCCAUAGGAAAGCAUUGCAAAUGCUUUCCUAUGAGACUGGCUGAAUGCGUGUGCAGCUCCUGCCGCGCAUGCGCAUUCAGCCGAAGGGGAGGAGAACUCCCCGCCCGGCGCUGGAAAAAAGGUAAGAUUUAACCCUUUCCUCUCCAUCCAGCCUGGCAGGAGGGGGUCCCUGAGGGUGGGGGCACCCUCAGGGAACUAUAGUGCCAGGAAAACCCCUUUAAGGGGUUGAUGGGAUAUAAUCAGUCCCCACAAUCCUGAUUGGAUUGUUUUUUGUUUCAUUUUUUUCUAAUAUAAUAUUUGAAUGCUUUAUCUAUAUAAUGCAUUGAAAAUAUGGAGUCAUGGUUUAGCUACACAAUUAUUUUAAUAUAUUCAAUAUUUCAGGUUUUAAAUUAAAAAUAUAAUUAUAAAAGUAUUAAAUGUGCUGAUUCAUUUUGUACAAAUUUUUUUUUCUCUAUUUUGAGUUUUUCUAGGUGUAAACUUUGAAAGACAAUGUGUACUUGUAGCUGAUAAUUACACAAAACGUCAUAAUGUGCAUCAUAAGUGAGAGAAUGUUAUCUUUGCAUUAUUAAAUUAUUAGGUGUAUUGUUGAUCCACAUGGCCCCCAUCAUAGGGUGCCGUACACCUGUACAAGUGUGAUGCCAAUUUAGAAUCAUGUUUUGUCACUGAAUUGUGUUUAGGAUGAAGAAUUGGAACACUUGUUUUUGUUUUUCUUAUAGAUUAGUUCAGUGAGUGAACAAUUUGAAAAAUCUACGGCAGAAUAUUUUGGAAUAAGUAUUGUGAGUUGAUUGUCAUAAUAGUGUGCAUAAUUAAAUCAAUUAUUUGAAGAUGAAAAUUCUAUUAAAUUGUUAAAGGGACACUAUAGUCACCAGACAACUUUAGCUUAAUGAAACUUGUUUUUGUGUAUAGAGCAUGCCUCUAAAGUCUCACUGCACACCUCCCCUGACUGACACAGACUACACAAAAUCAAUUGUUUCAUUUUCAAUCAGAUGUAACUUCAGGAGUUUUAAUCUGUAAAUUGAACUUUAAUCACACACAGGAGGCUCUUAUAAUGUCUAGCUAGUAAUUAACAGAGCAGGGGCUAAGACAUUCUACAUUAAACAGACUGUGCAAAAAGUAAGUUUGAACAUUAGAUCUCUCAAUACAGGAAGUGUCUAGGAAGGCUGUGCAAGUUACAUGCAGAGAGGUGUGGCUAGGACUGCAUAAGCAAGGUGAUUUAACUCCUAAAUGGCAGAGGAUUAAGCAGUGAGUCUUCAGGGGCAUGAUCUAUACACCAAAACUGCUUCAUUAAACUAAACUUGUUUUGGUGAUUUUAGUGUUCCUUUAAAAAAAGAGAAUUGUACAUGGCCAUCUUAUCAUAAAGGUCAGAGUCUGUAUCUUUGUAGUGCAUAUCCAUAUCUCAUAUAGCAUUAGGAAACACAAAGUUUGAACUUUGUCAGCGGCAUCCCAGAAUUCUAUGUGCUGCUCUUUAACAUGAUAUGAUUGACAGAACAUGACUGCAAGAGCUUCACGUCUGUGAUAUGCAGUUUGCGCAUCUGGUUUAUUUGAGUUUAAUGGGAACUCCCCUUAACAGAACCUUAAAACAAAAACAAAACAAAAAAUGUAAUUCAUGAUGAUACUGUCGCAAGGAGUUCCCAUUACUGUCAAGAUGAAAAAAAUUUAAUCAAAUAUGCUUUGGUUGAUGAUCCUUCGAGCAAGCAGACAGUGAUGUUGGGGAAUAGGGAUUUAUACGUGUUGCUAACAGAAAAGGUUUGUAAAGUUCUAAAAGUGAAGCAGUUCCCAUGCAAACCGAUGGAAGUGACAUGGAAUGUUCUACUGCUUUCUAUGGUAAAUGUUACCCAUAUGCUGUUAUAUCUCCCCAUCGUUAAAAGUGUAGGGUGCAAUUUACAUGAUCCUGAAAAAAAUGGCUUCCAAACCAAAACAAGAUGUGAGCUAGCAAAGUUGAAUGGCAAUAGGUAAAAAUAUUAAUUAUCUAUUCACGGAAAGCUUUUUUUUUAUAGAGAGAGAGAUGGGUAUACAGUAUCUCUACAGGGCUAAUACUUGCAAUAGGUCAAGACUGCCCACCAAUAAGAAAUGAUUUCAAAAAUAUAAAGCUGAACGUUUUAGAUGGGGAAUAUGUAAAAGCACACCUGCCUUCCUUCAAUAUAAAGAAACGGCAGUAAAAAUCAGUCUCAAUAACAACACAAGCAACCUUUCAUAUAUCAAUAUCAUGUAUAGGUUUGGAUCAGGUAAGGUUCGGGUAGGUUUAACAAGGCGAUUUAUAUAUAUUGUUUUAACAGAAUUGCCAGUGAAUGUGUAGAUUGGAAGGUAUAAGUACCUGAAGCUUGUUUUUGUCUGUAAAAUCACAACACUAAUGCAACCAUCCGCAAGUGGUUAGUGUGACAAUUCAACCAAAAACAGUCUAAGGUUGUAAUGGUUAAAUGCGUUUUGAAAGAUCUUGUUACAAUAUAUGAUUCUGUCCAAUCUUAUAUAUAUUAUUAUUAUUAUUAUUAUUAUUAUUAUUAUUAUUAUUAUGGUACUUAUAUAGCACCAUCAUAUAGAAAGGGCCCCUCAGGGUUCUGUGAUAAAGUUGCACUCCUCAGCUCCUUAUUUGUUUGAUAUUUGUGCUGGGUUUAUUGGCUGUUUGUGAUUGAUAUUUUAUUCAGAUAGAAAUAUGCAUGUAGGUCCAUGUGUGAAUGCAGGGUUGUAUUUUUUGUGGAGUCACACAGUCCCAGGCACAUAGUCACACACACAGUUACAGGUAUGUAGUGAAACACACAGUUACAGACAAACACACAGGUAUAGGAAGACAGUCACACACAAACAGGUACAGGCAGUCACACACACAGUUAAAGGUAGCCAGACACACAAAGUUACAGGUAGUCAGUCACACACACACACUUACUUACUUACAGGCAGUCACACACACAUUUGCAGGCAGUCACACACACAGUUGUAGGCAGUUACACACACAUUUGAAAGCAGUCACACACACACACAUUUGCGAGCAGCCACACACAGUUACAGGGAGGUACACAGUUACAGGGAGGCACACGUGCACACACACACAUAGAUAAAGACAGACUGUUACCUCUUUCCAUUAUUAUUAUUAUUAUUAUUAUUAUUAUUAUGCCAUUUUAUAUAGCGCCAUCGAAUUCCGCAGCGCUUUACAAUGGGUGGACUAACAGACAUGUAGUUGUAAUCAGACAAGUUGGACACACAGGAACAGAGGGGUUGAGGGCCCUGCUCAAUGAGCUUACAUGCUAGAGGGAAUGGGGUAAAAUGACACAAAAAGGUAAGGUUGGUGUUAGACUAGUGGGACUGGAGGGAGAGCAGGGCCACAGUGGAGGUAGGUGGAGGAGCAGGGGGCAGUGUAGUGGUAGGUGGGUGAGCAGGGGUAGUGUAGUGGUAGGUGGGGGAGCAGGAGCACAGUGGGCAGGUGGUGAGCAGGGGCACAGUGAGCAGGUGGGGGAGCAAGGGUAGUGUAGUGGUAGUUAGGGAAGCAGGAGGUACAGUGGUGGUAUGUGGUGGAGCAGGGUUAGUGUAGUGGAAGGUGGGGAUGCAGGGGACACAGUGGAGGAGGGUGGGAAAGCAGGAGCAGUGUGUUGGUAGGUGGGGAGCAGGGGUUGUGUAGUGGUAGGUGGGAGAACAGGGGCACAGUGGGCAGGUGGAGGAGCAGGGGCAGUGUAGUGGUAGGUGGGGGAUCAGGGUCAUAAUGGGCAGGUGGGGGAGUAGGGGCACAGUGGGUAGUUUGUAAGCAGGAGCACAGUGGGCAGGUGGGGGAGCAGAAUAAGUGUAGUGGUAGGUGGGGGAGCAGGGGGAACAGUGAGGUAGGGGGAGCAUCGGGCAGGUUGGGGAUCAGGGGCAGUUUGGUGGUAGGUGGGGGAGCAGGGGCACAGUGGGCAGAUGGGGGAGAUGGAGCACUGUGGGUAGGUGAGGAUCAGGGGCACAGUGGGCAGGUGGGGGAGCAGAGGCAGUGUAGUGGUAGGUAGGGGAAAAGGGGCAGUGUAGUGGCAGGUGGGAGAGCAGAAGUAGUGUAGUGGUAGGUGGGGGAGCAGGGGAACAGUGGUGGUAAGUGGAGGAGGAGCAGGGAGCAGGUUGGUGAGCAGGGGCAGUGUGGUGGUAGGCGGGGGAGCAGGGGCACAGUGGGUAGGUGGGGGAGGAGGGGCAGUGCAGAGCUAGGUGGGUGAACAGGGGCUGUGUAUUGCUAGGUGGGGGAGUCCUUCCUGCUUCCCCUCACUUACCAGGCAGUGGGUUUGUCUGCAUUUAGCUCCGCCUGUUGCAUAGCUCAGCCCCCUGAUGUUUUCUAUGAUAGUCCUCCACCCGAGUGCCGAGUGGCCAUGCUACACAGCGCGACCAGCAUUAUAGAAGUGCUCUGAGCACCUCCUCACAUCAGUCACUCGGGGCAUGUGGCGCUAUGUCAGCCGCAUGGUGCUCCCUACUGCCACGGCGCCCUGUGCAGCCGCACAGCUCGCACACCCUAAGGCCUGCCUUAUGUGUGUUGGGUAUGUAGUUUGAAUAGGGAACACAGUGUGGUGUGGGAUAGAAAUGUAGUGAGUGUAGGUUAUGCAGCGUGUAGGGAAAACAGUAUAGUGUGGGAUAGAAAUGUAGUGUGUGUGUAGUUUAUGUAAUUUGUGUAGGGAACACAGUGUUGUGUGGGAUAGGGAUGUAGUGUGUGUGUGUGUGUGUGUGUAGUUUGUUUAGGGAAUACAGUGUGGUUUGGUUUAGGGAUGUAGUGUGUGUGUGUGUGUGUAGUUUGUGUAGGGAACACAGUGUGGGGUGAAAUAGGGAUGCAGUGUGUGUAGGGAACAGAGUGUUGAGUGGGAUAGGGAUGUAGUGUGUGUGUAGGUUAUGUAGUUUGUGUAGGGAACAUAGUGUGGUGUGGGAUAGGGAAGUAGCUUAUGUAGUGUAUAGAGAAUAUAGUGUGGUGUGGGUUAGGGAUGUAGUGUGUGUGUGUGUGUGUGUGUGUAGUUUGUGUAGGGAACACACUGUGGGGUGGAAUAGGGAUGUAGUGUGUGUAGGGAACAGAGUGUUGAGUGGGAUAGGGAUGUAGUGUGUGUAGAAAACAUAGUGUGGUGUGGGAUAGGGAUGUGGUGUGUGUGUGUGUGUGUGUGUGUGUAUGUUAUGUAGUUUGUGUAGGAAACAUAGUAUGGUGUGGGAUAGGGAUAUAAUGUGUGUGUAGGUUUUGUAGUUUGUGUAGGGAACACAAUGUGGAUGGGAUAGAGAUUGUUUGUCUGUAUGAGAGUAUAACAUUUAAAUGAGGGGUGGGAACAAAUCAAUUUUUUUUAAUUCAUUUUUUAUUUUUUAUUUUUUUAAUUAAUAAUUUCGCUUUUUAAAAUAAAGUUGAUUCUCCCCCUCUUUCUUGCAUAUCUUUGGCCAGGAAGGGGGGAAAACUGAUCCCCUUGUGAUCGCCUUCUGGUCUUUGCCAGCCUUUCAGUUCUGCAUCUUCACUGGAUGCAGAGCAGGAGCCUUAUUCUCAUGAGCUCUGCGCUAAUGGUAACCCGCAGCAACCUUCUAAAUGCAGAGCUCGCAAGAGUAGUGUUACCUGGCGAAGGUGCCCCCUCCUCCAUGUCAGGCAGACAUAGAACCAGUAAGGGAGAUCCUCAAUCUCCUCACCGGCCAAUAAAGACGCAAGUCUCCUUCUCUAAAGGUGAGCUGGCGGAUGCACUGAGGUAGUGCCGGACCUAGUUAUUGUGAGCUGUGUCGGCUGCCCCUUGCCCCUGUCGCCAUUGCACCCUGUGCGGCCACACUGCUCGCGCACCAUAAAGGCCUGCCCUGUAUGUGACUGGGCUACGGUAAAGACGUUAUAUUUGGUUUAUCACUUUCAGAUUGUUAGAUUUCCAAUUUAAAAAAAAAAAAACUGUGAAGAAAGCUACAUUUCAUAAUUUUAAAUGUUUUCCCAAAAGCUAAAUUUUUCGUGAGAAAAACACAGCCACCCCUCCCAUAAUCGCAAAAACACCCUCAGGUUUAUUUACAAAAAUGUGAAAUGUCAGAAAUUCAUCAUAAAACUGCACAUUGUAGGCAAAAACAUCUGAGGGAAACAUUCUCCAAGAAACCUAUGUUUUCAGCUCUGCAAUAAUAAUAAUAAAUAUAAUAGUAAUCACAGCAAAUUAUCCUCCCAGUUUGCCUAGUGCAAUGUAGCCGUGCACUGCAGUACAAUGGAGCGUCUAUACAUUGUACACACCAAUAAAGUUUGCCAAUAAUAAUUAAAUGUCUAAUUACAGACUAUAUCUCCACCCUUCAACUAUGUCCUUUGGCUAUUGGGAUGCACUGUUCUUCUCAAUUGCCCAAUUCUAAAUGAGCGGUGCUUCUGAGACAUUUAAUAUAUUUAGGAUAGAUAUCAGCAAAAUCAUCCAUACAACUGAGUUUCCUUUCACGGGUAUAAUUGUUAUAUUAUGAUCUAUAUUGGCGAUAGAGGUUGGAAGUGCUGGGCAAUUCACUAAAACAAACUUCAAGCCUUGACAGUGCUGGAUCCAAAACAGUGCUACAUGCAGGUCACUGGAAAGGAGUUUACCUCCCUAUGCAAAUAUCUUGGUUUUCUUGAAUUGAAUUGACACCCCUACAUAUAUCCAACAUCUCCCUUCAGCCACACUUUGCUUGUUUUUUUUCCGCUAGUUUCUCGCUCUGUCAAUUUCCCUCUUCCUUCAUUCUGCCAAUUUCUUUUAUCAGUGUCUUUCUAGUUGUCUCGACACUGAAUGAGUCUCUGCUCUCCAACUUUCUUUCUCUUUUCCACUAUUAUUUUCCUGGUCUGUCUUUUCCUUCUGUUGCUUUCUCACAAGUCCGAGGGUGUUGACGGUUGCAAACGGGGUUGUACGUGUAUGUGUGGAGGCUGAUUGUAGCACAGUAUCUUUAGGAGGGUUUUGUAUGUUAUGAGCAUAUGAGCAUUGGUUUAAUGUGUGUGUGUGUGUUUGUGUGUGCGCACACACAUAGGCUGUUGGAGGGGUAGCUAUGGGUGUUGUGUAUGGUACCUGUGAGUGGGGUGCGAAUGUAUGUAGUGGUUGUGAUUGGUGUUUGGGGUGGUUGUGUGGCUUGAGUGUGGGUGGCUGUGUGAGUUGACUAUGAGGAGUGACUGUAAUAAUGUUGCGCUCUCCUGCUUAUCUGUGAGUGGGGGAAUCUCUGGUGGUCCAGUGCAAGCAUUCCCAGCAGGCUUACAAUUGGUUUGGUGGGGUUGUGUGGUCUGUAUCUCGAGCACGUGGAGAUUACAGUCAGCAGUCCUUCCAGUCUGAAAGCAGUGUUUUGAGACAUUCAGUGCUGGGACCACAAGGGAUUGCUGACCGUCAACUGCAACUGCUGUCUCAGCUGUUGAGGGGACAAAGGGUCAGUCAGAUAGAUCUUUUGAUUUCCACAUCUUCAGUAAUCACCCGGCUCUCUUCCAAAUGAUACACAAAUGAUGAACAUUUCAUAGAAGGAACCUGAAGAAGAUGUGGUGCACAGUAGUCAUACAAUAAUAUUCUGCACAAAUGGUUUGUUGAUUUCAAGUCUAAAACAGGCUCACUAUUUUUUUCAUAAAAGUAGAAUCUUUAUAACAAAUUAUCUGUAUAUUGCACUGGAAUUAAUUAGAAAUUUCAUAUUAUGUACAUGGCAUUUCAUAACACACCUAGAUGAAGAUCUUUGGAAUACACUUCUGUUUUACAAAAUCUUCCAUGUACCCACAUUUAUUGAAAGAAUAAACGUAAGAGAAAAAAUAAAUUGGUCCUCCUGUCCAUUAGAUAAACAGCGCUACUUGUAAAUGUAAAGCUUAAAGUAGGUGGUGUCCCAAAAAGUGAAUAUUUUUAACUAAUAUUUCCCAAACCAUUAGUACAAUCCCUUUUAGAUUGGUCAAUGUAAUAUGUAGCAAAAAUGUGAACAUGAUUUUUUAAAUGUUCCAUGUGACAAACUCGUAACCAUAAAUGCUGACUGGUAGCAAUGCAUCCAGUAGCGAUAUUUCUUUUAACAACUAAUACAUUAAAACUCAAUCACAGAUCGUAAUCAAAAUGUCUUUAUGUUUUUUUAGAGUUCCACAUCUACUAAUGAAUUCUAUGGCCUUUAACAAUAGAGCUCUGUUAUAACAUCUUUUGCCAAGUAACAGUGCCUUUUGUUAUCUGAAUGGUGGGAAAGUACACAAGUCUUGUUAAACCAUUAAUCUUUUGUUUUACGUUAUCCUCUGAAUGAUUGUUUUGUAAGAACAUCAUUUAUGUGGCUUUGUCCUCGGUACAAUUUUGGAAGUUGGGAACCAGCUCCUAGUAACUCGGAAAAGAUAUGAGGAUGUAACAGUACUAUGCUGCUUUAGACAGUCCAUCUGAAAUACGAAUACUUGUGAUUACUUUGUUUUGGGCAAAUUCUGAGUAGUUUUGAUGCUCUCCCUAAAAUUGUAUUAGUAAUGUAAAAGCUUAUACUGCUUUUAGUGUAGAAUAAGAAUUUUCUUGCAACUACAUUGACAGAAAAUGGACAGGCUUAAUUUAUGCAACAAUAUUGAAACAAAGAAUGUAUUUAAAUAGGAAAUAAACGUUUCAUCAUCUUUAGAUCAUCAAGCAGCUUGCUUGUAACCAAAGCAAAUUGCGUAGAUUAUUUUAAAGGGAUACUUCAGGGUUCUACAAAAGAUAGGUGCAACUUUAAGGUUAGGUUACAAAUGAUGGGUAGUAAUCAGCCUUUUUUAUAUAAUAAAUUGUUUAGCUCUAUAAGUCUCCAAUUCUAUAUCAGGUGCUCCAAUAAUACCGAUGUAGCUGGUGUAAGCAGUUUGGCCAACAAUAGUUUCUGUGCGUUAAAGUUUAACUGUUAGCUUUAUACUAAAUGCCAAUAAUACUAUGGAAAGCUGAGAAUUGAAACACCACUACCAGAACCCCUGCUCUGUCCAGAAAACACUGCUGCGCAGCACAUCCAUAGAAAGUAAUGAUUGGCUGAGUAAUUUCCUGGUCUGGGCAGGCCUUUGCUGAAACUACAAAUCACAGUGAGUUACAAAGAAAAUGGCAAAUUUAAAUGUAUCUUUAUAAUUUUAUUUGAAUAUUUUAUUCUGAAAUCCAUUAAAAAAGAAUAGACUGGAUCCAAACUAGUGUCUCCUUAACCCCUUAAGGACACAUGACAUGUCUGACAUGUCAUGAUUCCCUUUUAUUCCAGAAGUUUGGUCCUUAAGCCAUUAUUAUCCUAAGUCAUAGAACACUUUUUAAGCACUAUCCCAUCUAGCAAUACUUUUCUACUGUGUAAGUCUGAUUAUUCACAUCACUCUUUUCUAGUGUUCAUUGUUUUGGUCUCAGAAAAGUAAAAUGGCUUAAAUAUACUAUGUAAAUUUUAAACAUUUUUUCCUGUGCUAGCAUACAUUAUUUAAUAGAGUAAUUCCAUCUGCAUAUACAUUGUAUGUGCUUACUCCUUCUCUAACUGCAAGCCAUUCACACUGGAUUGCAUAAAAUAUAGUACAAUUAAUCCCACUUACCAUCUGAUUCAUUCACUGCUGGUCCUCUCCCAGCUUGUCUGAAACAAAAAACGAGUUUCUCUGCUGACAUUUUAGACAGUUCAUCUGCUUAAUGCAGAGAGACUGAAAAUAACAUUACCUUGUUCUCUUUCCCACACUGUAAAGGGUCCCAUGCCCAUUGCCAUGUGUAGACAACCUGGACAUGAGGAGGCAAAGCCCUAAGUAUAAAUUUGUUUAAAGUGAUAAUGGUGCCUGGAGUCUGCAUGUGCAGUGUUUCACUUUGAAACAUUGCACAUAUAGAGUUUAACCACUUAGCUGCCAGAGAUAUAACUCCACCUCCAGCAAUGUCAUUCUUCAACCCAGAACAAUGUUUCGGGCUUGCUAAUUUUAAUUCUGUGCAAAAUUGAUGUCUGAUACCAGCACACACAGAAUGCCGGUGUCAGGAAUGGGAUGGGACCCAACACGCAGAAUGUAGACAAAAGGUAACUUAUACCGUACCUUAGAAUGGCCGGACUAACAUAUAAGAACAAGGAGUAGUCAAAUUUAAGCCGAGGUCAAGGAGUACAUAGAUCAGGAUAAACGAGAAUACUAAGGCCGUGUCAAAGGAGUAUAGAAUGAAGAGUAGUCAAAAACGGAGCUGAAGUCAAAAGCUAGAAUAAUGAAUAGAGAUAAAGCAUUAUAGGGAACAAUUAUGAACCACAACAGGGCAAUGAAUCUAACCCUGUGAGUCCUUUUUAUACUGUGGCUCGUUAGAAUGGUAGCCACCCCCCAAAACGCCCAAAUCCAAAGAUUUUGGCAGGCCGUAAAACAUUAACAUCAUGACGUUGACGCACCCUCACACAUCAUAAACAGGGGCGUGGCUAUAUCGCGCCUGGCGUGAAAAACGCUGGAGAAAGAAGAGAGGUGCUAGAGAGGACCUACUUCCUUCUGUAAAAGGUGAGUACCAUGUGGGACAUUCCUGGUCACCACAGAAGGAACCCUGACAGCCAGCACCUGAGAGCAAAUGGUGUCACCCUUCAUGUCCUCCCACUAAACUCACCUCCACUCCAUUACCAAGUACAUGUCCUUUCAGUCCUUCGUUCCUGACCUCAAUUUCCCUCCAGCGUGGGGAAGUGACAUCAGCCAUGGAAGAUCAGGCUGAGGGGAGAACAUGGACUCGAUGAUGGAAUGGAGGUGAGUUUUAGUAUUUAGUUAAAAAAAAACUUGGGGGGAACACUCAGAAAAGCUUUCUCUACUCAAAACGAGUGUUUUAUAAAAUAGGUAUUUAAAUAUUGUUAGAUUUUUAUUUCUGUCUCAUAUGCUGUAUGUUGAUCUGUUGUGUUGUGUUAAUUUUGCUGUGCUAAUUUUGUGAAGCUGUAAUCUGUGUGAAAUAUUGCAGUAAAAGGGAUACAGUAGUUUCUCAGACAUUAUGCUCCCAGUACUUCAACAAAGAACAGAAAUUAAAAAUGUAAACUUUCCAAAUUUAGAUAAUUGUUUAACUAUCCCUAAUAUAAACACAGCCAAUGUAUCAAACUGUUCCAUUAACAUAAUUCUUUAUUACGAAUAAAGGCUACUUUUUGUUUUUCACAAAAUAAUUAUUAGUGAAGGGGUUAAAAUUAAAGCAAGAUAAUGCUAAGCAUCCAGUAGACACUGUUUAUAACUAAACACAAUCUAGCCCUUAUUGUCUCACACAAUGGUAGCAGAAUAAUUUACAAUGAAUUCAUUAGUCUGUUAGUAUUUACUAAAGUGCUCAAAAUCACUCGCUGAUUAUGUAAAUUCAUUAGGAGUGAAAACAAGGAGAUAAGCAAACUGUAGCGUAAUCACAGAGUGAGAUCAGCAGUUCAGUUUCCUAUGUAUAAUUUGUAUGUGUUUAUUAAUCCAUGCUAUCCGCUGAUGGGUAUUAUUAAAAAAAAUAUAUUGUUUCUUUAUUUUUACUAUUAAAAUCGCAGACAGCAGGAUAAUUUAACUUUUAAUAACUGUGUAAUAUUUUAUCAUUUUAGUUACAUAGGCUGGUAAUAGCUUGGAUCAACAGCAAAAAAACAGAUGUGGGGAAGGCUGACCUUGAUGGUCGCGUCUCUUUUCAGCCUAAUUAUGAAUUGUGUGCCGCAGGCCCUGGUAUCAGGUGCUAUAGAGCACUUACAUGCACUUACGGGCUAGCGCCCAUUGGCAUGUCCUGUGGCCUGCAAAGAUCACAGAGAGCCAGGCACCCCCACAUCAUUCCAUCGCUCACACUUAUUGCCCUGUACUUGGGUCAAGUGGGCGGGAGGAUGAUAUAGGCAGCAAGGCAGCCAGGCACAGUCCAGAAGCCUGGGGCACAUGAAGAACCAAUAUGAAAUAAAGGCAAGAGUAGGACUUCAUAGUGCGUGUUUUAAAGAAUGUGUGUCAGGCUGCUUCAGUAAGAAUGUUUCUGUCUGCUUGGGUCAGUGUGUGUGUCUGCUUGAGUCAAGGUGUGUCUGCUUUGAUCAGUGUGUCUGCUUGAGUCAGUGUGUGUGUCUACUUGAGUCAUUCUGUGUCUGCUUUGUUCAGUGUGUCUGCAUGGGUUAGUGUGUAUGUCUGUGUGUCAGUCUGCAUAUGUCAGUGUGUGUGUGCGCUUGGGCCAGUGUUUGUGUGUGUGUGUGUGCUUGGGCCAGUGUGUGUGUCUGCUUGGGUCAGUGUGUGUUUGUCAGUCUACAUGAAUCAGUGGAUGUAUGCUUGAGUCAGUGUGUGUCACUCUGCAUCACUUUGAGUGUGCAUUGGUCACUGAUUGUGAUCGUGUGGACCAUUGAGUGUGAGUGAGUGAACGAGUGUGUGUAUGUAUGUAUCAGUGAUUGCAUUUGGGCAGAACGGACUAUUUUAAUAAAAAUAAGAAAAUACAGGGAGUGCAGAAUUAUUAGGCAAAUGAGUAUUUUGACCACAUCAUCCUCUUUAUGCAUGUUGUCUUACUCCAAGCUGUAUAGGCUCGAAAGCCUACUACCAAUUAAGCAUAUUAGGUGAUGUGCAUCUCUGUAAUGAGAAGGGGUGUGGUCUAAUGACAUCAACACCCUAUAUCAGGUGUGCAUAAUUAUUAGGCAACUUCCUUUCCUUUGGCAAAAUGGGUCAAAAGAAGGACUUGACAGGCUCAGAAAAGUCAAAAAUAGUGAGAUAUCUUGCAGAGGGAUGCAGCACUCUUAAAAUUGCAAAGCUUCUGAAGCGUGAUCAUCGAACAAUCAAGCGUUUCAUUCAAAAUAGUCAACAGGGUCGCAAGAAGCGUGUGGAAAAACCAAGGCGCAAAAUAACUGCCCAUGAACUGAGAAAAGUCAAGCGUGCAGCUGCCACGAUGCCACUUGCCACCAGUUUGGCCAUAUUUCAGAGCUGCAACAUCACUGGAGUGCCCAAAAGCACAAGGUGUGCAAUACUCAGAGACAUGGCCAAGGUAAGAAAGGCUGAAAGACGACCACCACUGAACAAGACACACAAGCUGAAACGUCAAGACUGGGCCAAGAAAUAUCUCAAGACUGAUUUUUCUAAGGUUUUAUGGACUGAUGAAAUGAGAGUGAGUCUUGAUGGGCCAGAUGGAUGGGCCCGUGGCUGGAUUGGUAAAGGGCAGAGAGCUCCAGUCCGACUCAGACGCCAGCAAGGUGGAGGUGGAGUACUGGUUUGGGCUGGUAUCAUCAAAGAUGAGCUUGUGGGGCCUUUUCGGGUUGAGGAUGGAGUCAAGCUCAACUCCCAGUCCUACUGCCAGUUCCUGGAAGACACCUUCUUCAAGCAGUGGUACAGGAAGAAGUCUGCAUCCUUCAAGAAAAACAUGAUUUUCAUGCAGGACAAUGCUCCAUCACACGCGUCCAAGUACUCCACAGCGUGGCUGGCAAGAAAGGGUAUAAAAGAAGAAAAUCUAAUGACAUGGCCUCCUUGUUCACCUGAUCUGAACCCCAUUGAGAACCUGUGGUCCAUCAUCAAAUGUGAGAUUUACAAGGAGGGAAAACAGUACACCUCUCUGAACAGUGUCUGGGAGGCUGUGGUUGCUGCUGCACGCAAUGUUGAUGGUGAACAGAUCAAAACACUGACAGAAUCCAUGGAUGGCAGGCUUUUGAGUGUCCUUGCAAAGAAAGGUGGCUAUAUUGGUCACUGAUUUGUUUUUGUUUUGUUUUUGAAUGUCAGAAAUGUAUAUUUGUGAAUGUUGAGAUGUUAUAUUGGUUUCACUGGUAAUAAUAAAUAAUUGAAAUGGGUAUAUAUUUGUUUUUUGUUAAGUUGCCUAAUAAUUAUGCACAGUAAUAGUCACCUGCACACACAGAUAUCCCCCUAACAUAGCUAAAACUAAAAACAAACUAAAAACUACUUCCAAAAAUAUUCAGCUUUGAUAUUAAUGAGUUUUUUGGGUUCAUUGAGAACAUGGUUGUUGUUCAAUAAUAAAAUUAAUCCUCAAAAAUACAACUUGCCUAAUAAUUCUGCACUCCCUGUAAAUACUGUUACAGGAACAAUAUAGUGUUAGGAAUAUAAACCUGUAUUCCGAAUACUACAGUGUCUCUAUAUAAAAAAAAGGGCUGUGGUGUCUACUUACGUUUACCUUUUUCAAGCACCAAGACUCCCCUGCACUGCUUGCCUCCUUACCUCCCUCAAUGACACUGAUGGGGAAUGCUGAUCCAAUCCAAUAUUCCUCAUACAGGAGCAUUAGGGACCUGAGGCGCAUAAGUGGCAAGCACUAUGCACUUACAACGCUACUCAUAGUUAAACAUGGCACUGUACUCGAGGGGCCUCUAGUGGAUGUCAGUGUUACAGCUACUAGAUGCUAGCAGAAUACUUGGUUGUAUAGGAAAAAGUAUUAGCAGUAGAAAGAGGGAAGUGCUCAUGCCAUUGUACAGAACACUGGUGAGACCUCACUUGGAGUAUUGUACGCAGUACUGGAGACCGUAUCUUCAGAAGGAUAUUGAUACUUUAGAGAGUGUUCAGAGAAGGGCUACUAAACUGGUUCAUGGAUUGCAGGAUAAAACUUACAAGGAAAGGUUAAAGAAACUUAACAUGUAUAGCUUGGAGGAAAGACGAGACAGGGGGGAUAUGAUAGAAACAUUUAAAUAUAUAAAGGGAAUCAACACAGUAAAGGAGGAGACUAUAUUUAAAAGAAGAAAAACUACCAAAACAAGAGGACAUAGCCUUAAAUUAGAGGGGCAGAGGUUAAAAAUAAUAUCAGAAAGUAUUACUUUACUGAGACGGUAGUGGACGCAUGGAAUAGCCUUCCAGCUGAAGUGGUAGAGGUUAACACAGUGAGGGAAUUUAAGCAUGUGUGGGAUAGGCAUAAGGCUAUCCUAGCUAUACGAUAAGGCCAGGGACUAAUGAAAGUAUUUAGAAAAUUGGGCAGACUAGAUGGGCCGAAUGGUUCUUAUCCAUCACAUUCUAUGUUUCUAUAUGCACUGCUUAGAGGAGGGGGGCACUGGUAUACCUGAUAUGAGUAUUUUUACAACUAAGGGGCUAUGCAUAUCCAGCUGUGUAUUUUUAUUUUAUGCUAUUCUAGACAUGACUAAACUCAGGCACCCCCUAAUCUAAAUUUAUCCCACCACUUCCUGGCAAGUAAUUGCCAGGAAGUGGUGAACCUCUUGCACCUCUUCCUGUUUAGCACCAGCACACGCUUUGACUGACAGACACACGCCCUCACUGAUACACAUACACUCAUUGACAGACACACUGUCAUUGGCACACACACACACUGUUUUACCUGAAUGGUGAUUCCAUUCUGCUGAAACGAUCUGAGCACCAUUUGGAUAUAUUGGGUGCUCAGAUCAGAGCUAUUCAGGGAUAUACGAAUUGUGGGGUUCCUGUGAAUUAUGACUAUGUUUUUGGGGUGUUUUAUAUAUAUAUGUGUUAUAUAUUUUCCUGUACCUGAGAGAUAAUUGAGUUACCCAGUUUUGACUCAAUUAUAGGGUUUUUGCAUGUUCUAGGGAGUUUUACUUAUCUAAUGUUGUCCCCUAUAAGCGCCAACCAUUUUUUAUCCUCAGCUUCUGGUGCUUUACCCACCAGGAGCCCACAUCAGUGCUGUAUUCUCGCACAUGUGCAUUAGUACAAUACUGAUGUCUAUGGUGGACCAAGCGAGGCCGGGGGAGCCUCUAUAGAUAACUGUGUCUUGAGCGAUAUUGCCUUAUUUGCACAGCCAUUGCUAGUGAUGGUUGUGGGAAGUGAGGAAACUUGAUGAUGGUAGGUCCACCUAUUUUGUCAAGUUUUGUGGAUUUAUGAUCCAUGAAAAGUUGCACACAGAGGAUUUACUUGCUGUUUUUUAUUUAAUUUUACAAAAAAAAUACAGGUAUAAUCAAUGUUUCGUGAUAACUAUUUAUUAGUUUGCUACAAUGACCCUUGCAUUUGUUUGUUUCUUGUAGGUUGCUUCCCUUGGGGUAACGACUUUCACAUUGUGCGCUCUGUGCAUUGACCGAUUCCGAGCUGCUACCAACGUACAGAUGUAUUACGAAAUGAUUGAGAACUGCACAUCGACGACUGCCAAGCUUGCUGUGAUAUGGGUGGGUGCCCUCCUUCUAGCAUUGCCUGAAGUUGUCCUUCGUCAGUUAUCGAAGGACGAGUCGGCACUCAAUGCCAAUACCCUGAGUGAGCGCUGUGUCGUUAAAAUCUCCACGGAUCUUCCUGAUACCAUUUACGUUCUAGCUCUCACUUAUGAUGGUGCGAGGCUUUGGUGGUACUUUGGAUGUUAUUUUUGUUUACCCACUCUUUUCACAAUCACCUGCUCCCUAGUGACAGCGAGAAAGAUAAGGAAAGCAGAGAAAGCUUGCACAAGAGGAAACAAAAGGCAGAUCCAGCUUGAAAGUCAGAUGAACUGCACAGUCGUAGCUUUGACCAUCUUGUACGGCUUUUGCAUUAUACCUGAAAAUAUCUGUAACAUCGUAACAGCUUACAUGUCCACUGGGGUCACCAGGCAGACUUUAGAUCUUCUUCAUCUCAUUAGUCAGUUUCUUUUGUUUUUUAAAUCAUGUGUUACCCCGGUUCUGCUCUUUUGCCUUUGCAAGCCUUUCAGUAGAGCGUUCGUGGAAUGCUGUUGUUGCUGUUGUGAUGAAUGCAUUCAGAAGUCCUCAACUGCAACCAGUGAUGACAAUGACAAUGAAUAUACAACAGAACUAGAACUUUCCCCUUUCAGUACGAUACGUCGUGAAAUGUCCACGUUUGCCUCUGUUGGUACCCAUUGUUGA